UGCUGACGUCUGACUCUAUCGUACAUCAGACUUUCCCCAGUGGUGCUGGAGAAUGAGCUUCAAUGAAAGCUGCCUGCUCGCAGUCUGAGAGGGACUGCAGGCGAUGGAACUGCGACUUCCUCCGCUUCUCUUUGCUCCCCCUGGAGCAUUGAGCCAGAAAUACCCGCGGGAAGGAUGGAGAGGUUAUCUGAUCAUCUAGCCCUGCAGGAGCAACCCACUAGUUUCUUGUGAAUCACUUUUCUCUGUCCGCUGCUGUUGGAGAGGAUCUAUUGCGCUCUUCCAAAGAGGCUGAGACCGGGAGAAAUUCUGCAAGGAGGUGGAUGAUGCUUGUGCUGGCUGAGUAAAGUUGUGGCUUCCUAGCCCGAGACGAUGGUUUUGUCUGUCCCAGUGAUUGCUCUGGGAGCUACCUUGGGGACUGCUACUGGCAUCCUUGCCUUAUGCGGUCUCACCUGCCUGUGCAAAUGCAAGCAACCUGGGAAAGGAGCUUCAGACAAGGAGCAAGACCAGGACCCAGAAAAUGCCAAGCCUAGCGUACUACAGACAGUCCAGCAGUUCAGUGUUGAGAAGACGGCAGAAGCUGUACAGCCCAGGACAAUCCUCAAGUUUCCACAUAUCUAUGAUCCGAAGCCAGUAGUGACCACAUCAGAAAUUGUUAACUGUGCAGAUUAUACCUUAAAGAGGAUGAAAGAGCCAAGCAAGGGGAAGCCUAUAGCUCUGGAUGAGAAAAGAAUGAACAUACGUGUCAAUGAAGAGUUAUUCAUUCUCCCUCAAAAUGGUGGAGUGAAAGAUGUAUGUGUCACUGAGUGUCUGAACCCCGAGAAAGCUGGUGGCUGCAACCAAGUCCCAGAACUUCGCUAUUCUCUUGGCCACAACCAACAGAAAGAUGUACUGUGUGUUGCUUUUCUUGAAGCUACAUAUGGAACUGCAGCAGGAGACCAGAACAAUGGCUGUGACUGCUAUAUCCUAGGCACUUUGGUGACCAAGUCCAGCACCUCAGAAGCUCAAACUGUGUUGAAGAAGAAGAAGCCCCAGAUUGUCUGGGAGGAAGCUCUACUGUUUCCAGUAAAGGAGGAGGAGCUACCUGAGGCAACGCUGACUCUCACCUUGAGAAACUGUGAUAAAUUCUCUAGGCACAGCAUCGUUGGGGAAAUUAAACCGAGUCUGGCAAAUGUGGGGGAGCCAUAUGGAACAGUACAGUGUGAGAAGAUGAAAACAUUUGACAAGGAGCCAGAUGCAGGCUAUGGAGAAGUUCUCCUUUCCAUCAGCUAUCUGCCUGCAGCAAACCGUCUGCUUGUGGUGCUCAUAAAAGCCAAGAAUCUCCACUCCAAACAGCUGAAAGAGCUUCUCGGGAAGGAUAUAUCUGUUAAGGUGACCCUGAAGCACCAGUCGCUGAAACUGAAAAAGAAGCAGACGAAGCGUGCAAAGCACAAGAUCAACCCCGUCUGGAACGAAAUGAUCAUGUUUGAGGUGCCCCACGAUCUGCUCUGUGCCUCCAGUGUGGAGCUGGAGAUGCUAAGCCAGGAUGGAGAUGAUGGGCAGAACCGCUUACUGGGGAAGUGCAGCCUUGGCCUGCAUGCCACCGGCACAGAAAGGAACCACUGGGAAGAGAUGCUGAGGAACCCCAGAAGGCAGAUUGCUAUGUGGCACCAGCUACACAUGUAGCUAUGGAGGUAGAAAGGCCAACCAGCCCAAGUCCAGUAGACCUGGUCUCAGGGCUGGGUGGGGUGGAGUGGGGAAUGAGAUCUAUUUCAACAUCCAGAAAACCAUGAAAUGGACACAUUCACAAGCACAAGUCUUGUUUUAUUGGUGUUGUCUUUCGUUGUUUCUGCUGUAAGAACAUUCUAGAAAUGGGCUGAGAAAAGUAGCCAGCAGUUCAUUUCUCUUUGCAGUACCAUCUUCUUGCUUUCUACAUAUGGGUCUUCUGCACCAGUGCAACCGAGUAACAAGUAACAUUUACUUGCAGAAAGUGAGAUGAAAAGUGAUCUGAUUCAAGACAUUUAGAGCACUAAUGGAUGGCCUAUUUAUGGAGCAUCCAUCAUUCAUUGAUCUGUUUGCAGGAAGAGUAUUUA